UGUGACUAAGUUACAACCUUUGACAAAAUUGUUAAGAAACAUAGGCUAAAAUGAACAGAAAAGGAGUCAUUCGAGGUUCAAAUGGUUCAUGGCAGCUAGCAACCUAAACAGGAAGCAGGGUGACACCCUCGUACGUCAUGAGAUCGGGAAAAAAAAAGGCUGGCCCACUAUAAUCUAUUUUUAAAACACGAUGAAUCAAAUUUCAAUGAAAAUAUGUUUAUUUGUGUCUGUGAAUUGAUCAUAAAAACGAGUUUUCAGUAUGUCAUGUUAUUUGAGAACAACUGAUAAACACCGAGUGUGUUUUUAACUGUCCCACUGACUUCCGGAUACGGAAGUUCGUUUCUAUCAAGUUAAUUAGACUCAAAAGCAGAAGUGAAUGUGGUCCUGUCAGUGUAACAUUUCUGAAUUUUGGGGAUGUUCACACUUACUCGGAACAUACAGAACUACGGUUAUAAAUCCAUUUAAAUAUUAUUUGAUUGAGAGCCUUUAAAAUGGCACGGUGUUACAUCACUUUUCUCACACCAAUUAUUGGACAACUCCUUUUAUUUUGAAAUCAGUACCCGGAUCAAGUCGCCCUUUAUGGGCUAUACUGGCGGCAAAUGUUGUAAACAGCUCAGCUAGUCGUUCAUUUCCCUAGUUUGUCGAAUAAAAAAAUUCUUAUUUGACAAUAAGUAGCCACGAAGUUUACACUCCACAGGCGCUCGCAGAGUUGCAGUGUGGAUGUCACUUUUCGGAGGCCCUGGGUUCAGAGUUAACAUGGAUGACGACUAUGCGCUUGCCCUGCAGCUUCAGGAGCAGUUCGACAAUGACGCGAACGACGGGCCUCUCGCUCCCUGGAAGGCCGAGAGACCGCUAUCCGUCGUGGACGCGUCGUGGGAGACGCUGGACCCCACCCCGGAUGUGCGUGCGAUGUUCCUGGAGUUCAACGACAGGUUCUUUUGGGGAAAACUGAGCGGCGUGGAGGUCAAGUGGAGCCCCAGGAUGACCCUGUGUGCCGGCGUGUGCUCUUACGAGGGUCGCGGCGGACUUUGUUCGAUCAGACUCAGCGAGCCGCUGCUCAAACUCAGACCCCGCAAAGACCUGGUGGAGACGCUCCUGCACGAGAUGAUCCACGCCCUGCUGUUCGUGACGCAGAACAACCGAGACCGUGACGGUCACGGGCCCGAGUUCUGCAAGCACAUGAACCGCAUCAACAAAGACAGCGGCGCCAACAUCACCGUGUACCACAACUUCAAUGACGAGGUGGACGUGUACCGCCAGCACUGGUGGCGCUGCGACGGGCCGUGCCAGACGCGCAAGCUGUACUUGGGUUUCGUCAAGAGGGCCAUGAAUCGGGCCCCCUCGGCCCUGGACCCCUGGUGGGAGGACCACCAGAGGACGUGCGGGGGCACCUACACCAAGGUAAAGGAGCCCGACGGCUAUGGCAAGAAGAAGGAGGCCAAAAAAGACAAAAAGAUGCCCGCUGUUGAAAAGCCAGCAGGAAGUCGGGACAUUCGGGACGUGAUCGCAUUCAGCGGCAAAGGCUUCGUCCUGGGCGGGAAUUCCUCCUCUGUGACGAUGUCAGCUGGCCCCGCCUCCUCCACAGUCGCGAAACACGUGCCGCCUUCUCCCCCGGCUCGAGUCCUUCCUGCGGUGGGACAGCCGGCGGCGCAGGACCUGAAGGCACCUGCCAAGAAAUCAGUCGCUAAUACCAGAGUGUUUGUCAACAUUAACGGAUCGCCCGUUAAAAUCCAAAAGCCUCGUCAAGGCGUUGGCGACAAUUACGGCGUCGGUGGUCACGGCAUCGGGAGCAACUUUGCCAUCGGCAAUGGUAGCCACGGUGUUGGUCGUCAUAGCGUUAGCAGCGGCAAGCAUGAAGAACCGGAUCGACUGAAGCAGACCUCUAUUGAUGUUUUGUUCAACGGCAAGUUGGCAAAUCAUUCACUCAUCGCCGACUCGCCAAGUAAAACAAAGUCACCGACGCGGAUUUUAGUUUCGCCUUCCGCUUCGGAUCAUCAUCACAAGAACCAUCAAUCCACGUCGUCCCCGCCGCCGUCCGAGCGUCCGUCGUGGAACGCCGUCGCCAACACUCCUCAGUGGAAGAAGCGACCGCUGAACGACUUGGCCGGCGUCUUUGAGGGCUUCAACAAGAGGCUGAAGGUGGAGACCAAAGACGGCACGGAAUCGGCGCCGACGAGUAGCCACGCCGCCACCUCGUCGUCGUCGUCGCCGUCUUUGCCGGCGAUGGUCACGUGUCCUGUUUGUCAGGCCAGCGUGCAGGAGUCAAAGAUCAACGAGCACCUGGACUCCUGCCUCUGCUGACCCCACAAGGUUGAGGAACUUAUUCGAAGAGAGGUAUUCAUUAUUCCAAAUGUAUUCGUCAUUGUGCUUGCGUUUUCCGCACUGCAUCAUAGCGACGGCUGUUCCGAAUAUUUUGAGCCUUUCGUGAAAAGUCCCAACUUGUUACUUUACAAGAGGUAAGACGCGUAUUGGAAAACGAGAGCCCUACAAAUUCCUUUUCGAAGAUUCUGUAGGAUGGACUUUUGUCCACAGUUAACCCGAAAGAGAUUUGUUUGUUAAAGGUAAGGUGUAAAUGACAGGUCCUAAUUUGAUAAUAUUUUGUCACUUUAUCUACGGUUUAGCCCAAAAUUCAUCCAUUUAUGAGAGGUAAGGCGUUUAUUGGAGAGGUCUUUAUUUUAACAGAGACACAUUUUGUAAGUGGCACGAUGGCUUUUACUUGGUCUUUUUCGGCGACCAGAUUUUGAAGCACUAUUUUGAGGAAGCCUUGCCGCCUGAAUGGAUGCCAUGUUCACUCUCAUUGAUUUUAUGAUGUUCCCAAAUAUAGCUUUUACAUGUUUUGUACAAGUUUGUAUAUUUAUGUUACACGGUUACGGUUUGAAAUGUGAAUAAAAUAUUUUAAAUUCGG